CUAUUCUUAGCUGCUGGCAACGUCGCAAAACGCCUCCAAACUGUAGUGUUCGGAAUUCACCAUUGCACCACGACCAGUCGACGAUACCAUUAUGUCUGCGACAACUGCAGCAAAGAAACCACCAGCGCCGGGUCGUGCCAACACCCCGACGACCCCAGGGGCCCCAAAUCGGAGUCCGUCCCGCGCUUCUACACCUGCAGCGUCGAGCAACGGUGUCGCUCGCACGAGAUCGAUCCGGAGUGGCAAUGGCACGCCCUUGUCUGCUCGCGCAUCCGUCAAGAAGCCCGGCGCUCCGUCGGGUCUGAGCCAGACCGCUUCCACAGUAUCGCAGGACGGUGCUGACGAGGAGGCUCGCGAGGAGACCGCGGCGCUCAUCCAUGAGUUGAAGGAGCGCCUCCAGAAGGCGGAGACGGCGUCUGAAGAGUACCAGAAGCAGAUUGAGGUCUUACAUGCGCGGCUGGACGAUGCGGUGAAGGACCAGGCUCGGCUCGAGGAGCAAGUGCAUGAGGAAGAAGAGAAAGUGGAGGGGUUGGAGAAUGGGAAGCGGGAGUCUAUAAGGCAGCAGCGGGAGCUAGAAGCCAUAUACGAGGCUGAGCGGGUGGCUUCCAUGAAGGAAAAGGAAGACGCACAAUCGAGGGAGGAAGCGUUGCACGAGACUAUCCAACGGCUAAAGGAAGCGGUUGCCAUGAAAGAUUUACGUUCUGGCGACGGAGAAGAAGGCCGCCUUUCGAGAACAUCGAGCUUCCGAAGCAAUUCUCGAAACAGCUCUUCUCACCAUCUAGAGAGCAGCGGCCAAUUUGCCCCUCCAGCGUCACUCCAGCGAAGCAACUCCAAGAACAACUCCAAGCUCAUACACCAGAAGGACAAGGUCAUAGAAGGACUCAGGCUGGAACUUGCGGAGGUUCAGAUUAAGCUAGUAGAGAUGGAGAAUCAGGGUGGAGGGCGUAUGCAAGAGCUUGAGAGGACUCUCCUGGAGACUCGCAUGACCAAUGCUCGCCUCAUGGAAGACAAUGAAAGCUUUCAGCUUUUACUAAGCGAGAAGACUCUGAACGGCGAUUUCACCAGGGACUUCAUGCGUCCAGCUACCAUCGAAGAUCGCGCUCCAUCACGGAACGGCCCUUCAACUAGUCUUGCGGACGAGUUAGAAUCGGCAGAUGGCGCAGAGGCCGAGGUCAUCCGUCGCCUCGAAUCAGAAGUCAACAGCGCAAAGGACCAGAACAAGGCUCUGACGCUCUAUAUCAAUAAGAUCAUCGAACGACUGCUCCAGCAUCAAGGCUUCGAGUCAAUUCUUAACAACACCGAUCUUGAGCCUGAUACGGGAGCUGGAGCCAUCAAUACGAACAAGGAGCUUCCGCCACCUCCUCCACCCAAGGAGGAGGCUCCAACACUCCUUCAACGAGCCAAAUCUGUUGCCAUUGGAGCCGGGCGAGCACGACCACGACCCGUCAGCCACAUGCCUCCGCCGAGUGCCCCUACUGUUACAGAGGACCCAAUGACAGCGCCCAGCAUCCCUCUCCAGCGGUCUCAGAGCUAUAGAAUGAGCAGCGGGAGCUAUCACCGCCGCAGCAACUCGGAUUGGGGCAACUCAGCAGCGUCUGUCGUCAAUAAUAUGCACCGUGCCCCACCACCAGUAUCCGGCCAAAUCAGCCCCGGCAUCGCGUCUCCUCGAAACUCGUUCUUCGGGUUCCCAGCAGCCGCCCCUCAAAACCAGAACGCCGCAGCAGCAGCUCGCAUUCCUUCAGGCCCUCAGAGUCGUGGUAGCAUUGACGAGUCACGGGCCAGCAACAACACCCUUGACAAUAUCAGCAAUGCCGACUCGGGCAUCAACAUUGAUACGCCAUCUCCACCUCGUAGCGUUGCGAGCUCCUUCGAUCGCCAAGCGGGAGGCGUCAUGACAGGAAACAAGAUGCGUCCGCUUCGGCUCGUACAAGAAACCGCCGAAGAAGAGGAAGCGCAGCGCCAAAAGCUCAAGGCAAACCGGACCAGCUGGAUCGGUGGCUGGUUCAACAAAGGGGGCGUCUCACCAGGCGACGAGAAUGUUGGAAACCCUAAUCAGUAAAUGAUAUUGCGGCUCAUGGAACGUAGCGAUUCUGCUUUACUUUCUAGACUGUGUUUCUACAUGUUUGGACUCUGAUGUCUGCCAUAAUGUUGGUUGGGUGCGAUAUGCCGGCUGGACAGGCGUUUCGGAUUGCACAUGUGGUUAUGGGAGUGGGACAGGUGUCGGCGGUGCAUUUUGCUCUGAUGUUCUCCCCUUCAGACUGCAGAGACUGUAGACAUGCGAUGAGCGCCUGUGGUGGCACACUGUCACUUAUAUCAAUGCUAUCGAUUUCAUCUGACCUUUACGCCCUAAGUUUGCUAUCAAAGUUCGACGUGGCGAAUCUGCUCAGGAACCAGUGUCGUUCAGACACCAAAAGGCACAAUGAAUACAGCGUCCCAACAGCGACCCGGAAAUAAGAAUUGGAGGUGGUCCGAUC